AUGGAAAAUCAUUCAAUUUUUCAUAACAUAAAUGCAGCAGAAGGUUACAUAGAUGUAGUUUAUAAAGCAAAAGUAAUCGCUCAAGGUAUAGGACUUACAGGAAUGGUUAGAAUUGGUUCACGUUUAUACAUAAAUAUCAUCACAGAUGCAGUUCCAGUCGCUUAUUUUGCAAACAAACACACGAUAUAUAAAGUUACAAAGACCCAACCACUUUGGUUCCCUCUAACUUAUUACGCAAAGCUUACUGAUGAUGAUUUACGUCGUAGCCAAAGAAUUGAAGAUUUUCCGAUAACAGAUUUUCAUAUGUUCUGCGAUACAUUAGAUUUAACAAUGACUUGCGGUCAUAACGUUUCGAAACCAGAUUUUAUUUGGAAUAAAUGGCUUGCAAAACCUUUUUCAGAUCUUGGUGUAAGUGAUGCAUGUGUUUACUUAUAUCAAGGUACUGCUGUUUCGGAAAUUCUUAACUUUGACAAUACAUUAAAUCGAUAUACCUUAAUUACCUUACGUUCUUCAGAGCAUCCAGGUACAAGAUACACAGCGCGUGGUAUUAAUCAGCUAGGUUAUGCAGCGAAUGAAGUUCAAUGCGAAUUAAUUAUUGAAAAUUCCGAAGGAAAAUUAUUUAGUCACGUUUUUCGAAGAGGAACAGUACCUGUUGAAUGGCAGACUCUUGUAGGAUCCGCUCUGCCAACUGCAUCCCUCAAAGUUCAAGAUAACAGCGAUACAUAUUCUCCAGAUUACUUCAAACGCAUCAGAAAAGAAUUUGCGUCACAGGAUUUCAAAGGUUUCGUAUGUGUCAAUCUAUUACAUACCGAUCCGAAGCAUUCCGAAAGAGCUUUAUGCGAUGCUUACAUCAGAGCUAUCGAAGGAGUGAAAAAAAUUGAAGGAUUGGCCGAUACCGAGUAUAUUGAAUUUGACUGGCAUGCAAAAAAGAAGGAAUUGGAUACUCCGAAGACAGUUGAAGAAUAUUGGGGACUUAUCCUUGCAAAAAUCCAUGAACCAACGUUUACUUGCAUGGAAGUUGAAGAUUUACAACCUCUCCAGACUACUUCCGAGGAGAAAACCCUUCAAUUUACGAACGAUUCCGAAUUAUCAAAAAUGGAAAUGCAUACAACAGCAUUUCAACAGCAUGUCAUCAGAGUAAACUGCAUGGAUUCGCUUGAUAGAACCAAUGUCGGCUGUUUCUUCUAUCUAUGGCUUGUAAUUUUCAAGUUUUUGUACAAAGAAAUUCCAAAUCAGCUGUCAUACAGCAAAAUUUUGGGCCAAGACCUUCACCUCAGGCAUUUCCUGGCCAACGCAUUCGUAGACAUAGGCAAUGUCGUGUCUACAAUGUAUACAAACACUGAUGCCUGCAUGACCAACAUAUUCAGAGAAAUUGGUAACAUCGAAGUCAAAGCACAAUCAGAUGGUGCCAUCGCCAUGUCCAGGAGAUUCCAAAACUUCUUGAAAGACAAGUUCAGAGUCAAAAUUAUUAAAUUAUUUGUUGGUUUCGACUACGAACGCGUUUUACACGGUUUGGACUACGGAUCAGAGCUCAUAUGUGCAUCAGGAUAUCCAGGAUGCUUCUUAACACCUUAUCCAGGCAAGUUAGAACAAUUAAAUAUUCUUGAUAAUCUUAUUGAUUACAAACCAUCAUUUCUCAAGUUGCAAAGGCUUGGCGACCAAACACAGAUCAGAUUGCUCCUCUCCAGACCUGUUUUCCUCGAUUCAAUCGUUAUGAAAUCGACCGCAGAAUUUCCUCCAUGUUUUGUAUCGUUCGAAGGCGGUUUGACACAUGGUUCCAUGGUAACUCUUUCAUCACGAUUUGCUUUUCCUGUUGUUCCUCAACAAGGAUCCUUUGUUUACCGUUUAACACCCGAAUUCAUGAACGGAAAACAAACAUUAGUCAGAAUUUUGAUUAUAAACAUUUGGACGAUGCCACAACCAGAGAAUUCCCAAGAGAAGCCUCCAAACAGGAAGUUGACGUUGUCUAACAUAUUCGUGUUCGGUUCGACCAAACAGAAAAGGUGCGAACAAAAGUGGUUCCCACAGACAUAUACGAAUUUGGAUUUCCUUGAUUUGAUGAAGCCAAAGAACUGGCCGAAAAUCACUGAUACAUCCAGCCUUGAUGAAACAAUUCUCAGCCAUACUGAAGCCACCUUUGAGAACGCAAUUCUCCUUGAGUAUGCAAGAUUACACCACAAACACUCGAAGCUAGGAUUGAUGGCACAAUUGGCAUAUUUCGGACAAAAUCCGUCAGAUUAUUUAUUAACGAAUUUCAAACCGAAACCUAUCGGUUUUGAUGUUUCGAAGCAUAAUUGUAAUAACCAAGGCAAAGAACAAUGGAAAUGCGGAUGGUGUGGCAUGACAUUUUGUGAGAAUUGUUCUAAGAUGCAUACAGAAAAGAAAUCUAUAUUUUUUGAUGCAGAUACAAAUAUUUGUAACAAAUGUCAUGAAAUUUACAAGAAACGGAAAGAAAAACUGAAGAAUUUACAGUGUUUCUAUCAUUACUACACUCGAUUGCAUUAUCCAAUACAAGAUGAAUGGGAAACAUGGUUCAAACCACGUCUAAACACUACAAACAGGUUCUUGGAAUUUCCAAGAGUCAGUUUCAUUGACGCAGGAGAUAUGAACGGUUUCCAUGAUGGUCCUGAAUGUAAUUUGAUAUUUAUCAAUGACCAAAAUUUCGAAAUAAAAGGUCAGCAUUCUUUCCAAUUGACUCUUGGAGCAAUCCACGUUAUCGACUCCAUAGAUAUCGAUGCAAGUGAUGAUGCAAACAUUGUUUUCCAAGUAGUUGGAAAUGAAGAUAACAUCCAAACUGAUAUAGAAUGUAAAUUCGAACCUGGUGUCAAAUCCAAAAAAGUGUCAAUGUGUACAUGUUUGAUGAUUGUCUAUAUACACAGCGGCUCAUUAAGGAAGAUCAGUUUGCACACAAGCCAGUACAUAAAGAAGAUUUUCUCUGCAAGUCCUGAUCCGAAUUCCAACAAUUAUUUGGCACUUCCUGACCCUGUUUCAAAGAGAAAUAACUUGAAUUACGCGGAAAAUUCAAUAUUCAUAAAGUUCUCGAGACCACAAACGGUCAAUGGAAUAUUGUGUGAGAAGUUCAACGCAAUUGGAUCAUUGAUUGUUUAUUUCAACGGAGAUGUUGAAUCAAGUGGUGAAAUUGAGUACUUUAACUUGCCUAGCGGAGUUUCUGAUUACGCUGUGUACAUGGUAAAGGAGAAGAAGAAUGUCACAAGUAUCAAAGUAUUCGCUGUUGAUACAAGAACUGAAUUCAACAACGGAAAAAUUUCAUUCUUUUAA